AACAUGCAGGCGCUAGUCAUCUGCCUGCUGCUCGUCUUCUCGGGAACCGUGGCCCCCAGAUCCAGCCUCCCUCAGCAGGAUCGCCUCUUGAUUCGAUUGCGCCAACUUAUUGAUGUUGUUGAGCAGCUGGGCAAUUUUGUGAAUGACUUGGACCCAGAACUUCUGCCCGCUCCGGAAAACGUCAAGAGACACUGCGAGCAGUCGGCCUUCUCGUGUUUCCAGAAGGCCCAGCUGAAGCUGGCGGACGCAGGAGACAACCAGAAGACACUGGCCGUGCUAACGAGGCAGCUGACCAGGAAGCUCCCCGCCACCGAAGCAGGGAGGACGCCGAAGCAGAGUCUAACGUGCCCUUCAUGUGAUUCUUACAAGAAAAAACCACCCAAGGAAUUCCUAGAAAGACUGAGAUCACUCAUCCAAAAGAUGAUCCAUCAGCGCCUGUCCCAGAGCAGGUGAAGCAGGUGGGCUCCUGAGGACUCGCUGCAGCUGGACACUAUGUGACGUACUGUGACG